CACUUGGUAGGUACUUCCACGCGGACACGCUGACGUCAUGCAUCCCGACCUCAGCGGAUUUUGUAUGGUGUUAGCUCAAUCGAUUGAUGUACAAGCUCAUGGUGGUCAUUCUUCUUUUGUAGACAAAACCCCCGUGACGUAUGCGUACCUUUCGGCCACGGGCAUGGCAUCGGCGGCGGCGCUGUUCAUGGACAUGGAGCACCAACUGACCUUGGAUGUGUCAAAAAUUGCCAACUUAUCGCAGUACUGGCGCUUGCUGACGUGUCAUUUCGCGUUGGACAAUGGAAUCGCCGUUGCGUUUGGGAUGUACGUGCUCUUCCAGUUCCGGGUGAUCGAGCGCCAGUUUGGGUCCAACAAAUUCGGCACAUUGGUCCUCCUUGUCCUGCUCACUUCUACCGCUCUCCAAGUGUGGCUAAAGUGGCCCACAACGCCUGGCCCUUAUCCUCUGAUUGGAGCGCUUUUCGUGAUUUACUUCAGUACGAUUCUACAACCAAUCAAGACUGACACUGAUCUAGGCAACGUUCCACAGCUCCAGCCGAGAUUGUACAGCCUGUUGGGCUUGCAUGUGUCGGAUAAGGCGUCCACAUAUGGCUUGCUUUCGGUGGUAUGCUUGCGAUCGUACGCCACUGCGUUUCCCUUUGCCACGGGCGUGUUGGUUGGACUUUUGUACCAGUCCAAGGCCCUGCCUCUGUCCAAACUGCGCCUCCCGGGCUUUCUCGUGUGGUUUUUUGAAUGGUUCCAUCCUAUUUUCAUGGUCGUGCCUCCGUCGGUGCUCCAACAGCAGCGGCAGCGACAGAUUUUGGAUGCACAGCGCCGCCAAGCCGCCGCCAUGGGCGGCCACCCCCCACAAGAAGGGGUGGGGCAUGGGUUCCGCGACCAGUUGCUUCCAGGCAAUGGCCACGUUCCAUUCCAGCAUCGCACGCCGCCAUCGGAAGAUGCGAUCAAUCAAUUGACGGGCCUUGGGUUUGAGCGCGACCAAGCCAUUGCCGCGUUGCAAGCCAGCGACAACAACGUCGAGGCGGCGGCCAACCGACUACUGAACGCCACAUAAACAGUGAAAUCUAAUAGUAAUCGAUGGAUUGCUUUUUAAA